GGUUGAUCUGCUUUUUUACAGGAACGCGCAAGACAGGUUUUUUCCCCCACGAUGACGAAGAAUGGGACAGCUGAGAGUCAGAGCAUAAGAUCUGCACCUCCUGUGGGGCCCGGCAUAAAGAUUUAUUUGACUGGCUGAUAGAAGAAUCGUUGUAUGUUGAGAAGUUUACGGUGUGGUUGGUCGCGUUCAGGGCGUUUAUCUUUUUGUUCGUUGUUCUUUUGAAAAAGAUAAAGAUCAGCGGGUGAGGAAGGGCUGGGUUUCUUGUCUAGCAGGCCGCUCUCUCCGUCCCACGCAGAAUUAGGCGUCGUGCUCACUGUUUGUUGCUAUCGACGCAGCUAUACAAGAGCAGAGCGGCGCCGUUUUAGAAGCGAAAAGGAAAUAAAUAUUUACACCUCCGAGCAGCGCAAAAGAGAAACCAUGGCUGCCACAACGGCUCUAUUAACCUCUCCCGCUCCAACGACUUCUUUCGUCUCUAGUGGUGACGCAGACGUGGACGAGCAGCUGAAGCGAAUCGAGCGAAAACUGAAAGCCGGGAUGAACUGUCUGACUGACACCCGCAUGAUGUUGAGAAAAAACUCACCUGGAGCAUCAAGACUAGCACUUCCAUCUGACUACAAAAGCGGACCUUCUUCAUCCGCAGCCUCGCCGAAUCAUAUCAAGUCCAAACGUGAGGCUGCGUCUGUAGCAUCCCCUCCGACAGCACGGCACAAGAGCUCUACGUCUCCGUGUGGUCGCGGACCCCCGCGUGCGCAGGAGGAACGAAACGGGAAAAACAAGCAGCUUCUCGAGAAAGAAGAGCAGAAUAUGCAUUGCAUAAGUAAUAUCUUACUACGUAGAAACUGCAUCACAAACUUGCAGCUCAGCAUGACAAACGGAAUUCGCCAGCAUACUGAUUUAGCUCAGGAUCAAGAUUUGUCUCGCACGAUUGCAAUUACGAUGUGCGAGUUCGAUGUUACUUUAGCACAGGAUGGAGAAGUUUGACGAGCUAAAGGAGGAGUUUUUUGGGCCGCAGUGGAAACAGUACAAGAAUAUCAAAUGCAAAAAUGUCUGGGUCUGGAAGAAUGCAAGUCUGUGAUGCUUGUCUGGUAUGACUCGAGAUGAAUCUGUGUUGCAUAGCCACGAAAAGGGCCUCUUGUCUGUCAUGCAGAAACGCAGUUUGCCAUGCGGAAAACGAAACACAAGAGCAGCUCAAAAAGUUGUCAUGCUUGGCUGCGUAUUGCAGUGCGCCCACCAGUGACAUUUUAGCAUCACAAGUUUCCAGACCCAGACAUUUUUGCAUUUGAUAAAGAACGACUUGAAGCAAAAUUUUCCGCAACUCUCCGCGAAGAUCAAGUACCCAAUGUAAAAACUAAUCCAUCCCAUAGUCAAGAUGGGAAAUCUGCUACACAAAUCACGUAGCUUUGGCUGUUGCGCAUGACAAAUUCGGGCUUGUAAUGUAGUCACGUUUAGCUAGUGCAGCAGCAUCACAGAUCCAGUUUGUCAUGCUGAUUUAUGCAUCACAUACACAUAUCUCAAAACACCACUAGAAAUGAAAUUUUCUCAUGCGUCUCCGCAUGAGAAACAAUUUAAGCAUGCAGAUCUGCAUUACAACUCUGGGGGGGGGACGUUUUUACAAAGCAUACUAAGCGCAGAAUGAUCGUCGCGCAGUGGAACCUGCGGACGCGGCGAGUGUAUGCACCGCAAAUAUGUCUGGGUCCUCUGCCUGGAAACUUGUGAUGCAAGGAAGGGAAUAGCGGGCACACAACUUUAAUGCGCUAUCAAGCAUGACAAGUUUUUCCGUGGUUCUGCGUUGUGUACUCCGCAUAAGAAAGUGCGUUUUAGUUAUAAUUUGUAUGACAAGCAAGAGUGAGCUCUUUGCGGUGCCGCAACAUAGAGUUCAGAGUCAUGAUGCCAGAUUAGCAUGACAAAUCUCGCAAUCUCCCAGACCCAGACAUAGUUGCAUUUGAUAGGGUGAAGCUGGAAAUGCUGAAGUUUAGGAACUCGGAGGGACAGAAUUGAUUGAUUUUUCGAGGACACUGCUUUGUACAGAUUUAUUUGGUUGCAAGAACAUGGUCGUGUCGUACUUGAGUAUAAGAUUUGAGUUUCGUAUAAGAUUUGAGUUCAUAUUGUUGCCAUUUCUUGGGAUGACACGCACUACCUGCACUGUACAAUAUUGAUGAAUUGGAAGUAGAAAUGAUUGCGACUCGUGAUGUAGUCGACGUUGCGAUACAAGUACAACUACAAGAGAGUUUUACAGAAAAAAGAAAAACGCUUCAUCUGAUGAUGACUCUGUUGUUUAU